AGACAAAACUGGUUGUCACUAAUUUAAGAGUUAACGUUAAACAAUUUAGCUAGUAUUCAGCAUAAAUUUACGGGUUGGCCAAUAUCCGGAUAUGUCCUUCAUAUUUGAUUGGAUUUACAGUGGUUUCAGUGGUGUAUUGCAGUUUCUUGGUCUGUAUAAGAAAUCAGGAAAGUUAGUGUUUCUUGGACUAGACAAUGCUGGCAAGACAACGCUACUGCACAUGCUCAAAGAAGACAGAUUGGGACAGCACGUGCCUACUUUACACCCAACCUCUGAAGAGCUCACAAUCGCUGGCAUGACGUUCACCACUUUCGACCUGGGUGGCCACGCACAAGCCCGCAGAGUUUGGAAAAACUACCUCCCUGCCAUCAACGGAAUUGUCUUCCUGGUGGACUGUGCAGACGUCCCCAGACUGCCAGAGUCUAAAGCAGAACUCGACGCGCUCAUGACAGAUGAGACCAUCGGAAACGUGCCUAUCCUGAUUCUCGGCAACAAGAUCGACAGACCGGAGGCCAUCAGCGAAGAGCAGUUGCGAGAGCUGUUCGGACUGUACAGUCAGACGACGGGGAAGGGUAACGUCCCCAUGAAGGAGCUGAACACAAGACCACUGGAGGUGUUUAUGUGCAGCGUACGGAAGAGGCAGGGUUACGGAGAGGGGUUCCGCUGGCUUUCCCAGUACAUUGAAUAGAGCCAACCUCAAACCCGGGCUCUUGGAACAUCUGUAACUUCAACCCGUUACAACCCACCAGUGCCCCACUGGCUGAACAUUUGGAUAUACAAUUUUCACAUUUUUUCCUCGAAGAAUAUAUCAGCAACUGUAAUUUAAAAAAUCUGACUGUUCAAAUUAUUCUUUCUUUUUCCACUGCUCUCCCCACAAGAAAUCUGUAAGUGUAUCUCCACAUAAACUGAAAACUGGACUCUCAGCAGUAGUUUCCCAGCGCCUCUGAACAGCAUCAUAGACAUUUGAAUGCACUUUUUUAAACCAGAGACUACAUGUGGACAUGCAAAUAGCAUUUAAAAAUCACCCUGUUGGAAGACUUUUUUAAUACUUGGGUUCAGUAAAACUUGAACAUAUGACCAUGUAUAUUUGAUUACUACUGUUAAAGAACUACAAAAUGCCUUA